AUGGCCCCAACGAGUCGGAUUUACCUAACGCGACAUGCUGAAGCUGAGCACAAUGCGACGGGCGACUCACUCAUAGCUGACGCUUUGCUCACGCCAAAGGGCCAGCAGCAAGCGGAGCGUCUCGCGUAUAUGACGCCUGAUCUGCAAGAACGGGUCGAAUUGAUCGUGACCUCACCGCUCAGGCGUACACUGCAGACGACCGAGGCAGGUUACAAGCCUGCUAUUGCGCGACUCGGUGGGCACACGAAAGUGAUAUGCCUUCCCCAACUUCAAGAGUGCAAUGAUGUGCCUUGUGAUACGGGUUCAGCACGCCAUGUUCUUGAGUCUCAGCCGGAUUUUGCAAAAUAUGAUCUGAGUUCCUUGACGCCUGACUGGACAAGCAAGCGUGGAUUUUACGCGGCUGACCCUGUGUCCCUCGAUGCGCGUGCGCAGUGGGUGCGCCAGUUCUUACGCGAGCGACCAGAGCAGCACAUUGCUGUCGUGGCGCAUGGCGACUUUCUGCGCCGUCUAACUGACGACCCAAUGUCCUACUGGGGAAAUGCCGAGGUGCGUGCAUUCCAAUUUGCUCCAAGCUCUGUGGCAACCGAUGCGUGCCCCAUCGUUCAUGUGGAAGUAAUUGAAAAGGGUGACUGGAACGGCGAGAAGGUCGUCUCAGGUACUCAAAACCUCUCGACCAUGGAAGCGAGAGUCAAGCAAAUCCAGGCCUCCUUAAAGUCACAGACCAACGAGCUCGAAGAGCUGGACCGUAUGCUUGAAGAGACAGAGCGUAGACAGAUGGAGCUCGUGUCUCGGGCUUCAACAACGACAGGGCCGUCUCACGGUGGCAUGUCCUAA